UAGACCACUGCGCCACUCCGGAGUAGUAGUAGUAUUAUUAUUUAUUGUGCAUUUAUUACGGGGAAUUAGGCUGCCUCUGUGCAUGUACCGGUAGUUGAAGUCAUACGGUAAAGGGAGACUGGUUUGACGUUGGCGGAGGCUCAAGAGGGAGAACAUACGAAAACUCAUCACCGAUAUGGCAGAGGCAAAUAUCUCGGUAACGGAGAGCCAGUUCAGGUGCCCUAUUUGCCUGGAUAUCUUGAAGGAUCCGGUGUCCAUUCAGUGCGGACACACCUACUGCAUGGCAUGCAUCAACUGUUAUUGGGACCAAGCCGACGUUGGUCACUACAGUUGUCCGCAAUGUCGGGAAGAGUUCAGCCCUCGACCGGUGCUACGGCGGAACACGGUGCUACAAGAGGUAGUGGACAAACUCAAACUGAACGAACUGGCUACGGCGCCGGAGUUCUAUCUAGGCGGCGUAGGGGACGUUCCGUGCGACUUUUGCCCGGUUGAGAACAAACUGAAAGCGCUCAAGUCGUGUCUGGUGUGCUUGGCGUCUUUCUGCGAGCUCCACGUCUUGCCGCACCGCGACGUGGGGACGUUGCGGCGGCAUAAACUUGUUGCCGCGGUGGAGAGCUUGGCGGAAAGGCUGUGCGCGCAGCACCGUUUGGGCCUGGAGCAGGGCGGCGGCAGCGACGGGGGCGAUGCGGUGGCGUGGAGCGGCGACUGUCUGCUGUGCGAGUCUGACCAAGAGGAACUGCACAGCAUCGACGCGCAGAGGGCGCGGAAACAGGUUCAGUUGCAGGAUUCUCAGAGGUCAGUACAUGGAAGGAUCAGGAGUAGAGAAAGGGAGCUGGAAGAGUUUCAACAGAGCAUAGAGGCCGUCAAGGCAUCAGCUGCAUUAGUCCUGGAGGACAGCGAUACCCUGUUCGUGGACCUGGCCCUCUGUCUGGAGAGGACCAGGGGGGAGGUGAGGGCCAGGCUGGAGGCCCGGGAGAGAACUGUCCUGGGCAGGGCAGAGAGAGAGCUGGAGACCCUGGAGAAAGAACUGGAGGAGCUGCGGAGGAGAGACAAGAAAAUGGGACAGCUACUGACGGAGGAUAAUGCUCAGUUCUUACAGGCUGCUCCCCUGCUGUGUGUCCUCCCGCCCACUGGACGGCGCCCCCGAGCCCCUCUCAUCCUCCCCACAGAAGGCUUUAGUGCAGCCCGCAGAGCUCUGUCCCACCUCAGGGCCCGCAUGGAGGAACUCUGUAGAGAGGAAGUGGACAAGAUCAGCUGCGUGGUGAACGAGAGCUCCUGUGCCAAUCACAUGUCUGGUGGAGAGAGUUUGAAAGCAGUGCCUGCAUCGUUCCCUCUCUCCUCCCUCUCUCUCCAGCCUGCGGACCAGAGGAUGAGAGCGUCCUUCCUCAGGUGCUCCUGUCGUUUGUCCCUUUAUCCAGACACGGCCCACCCCACCUUGUUCCUCUUGGAGGGUCCCCAGGGGGCUCACUGUGGAGAGGAGCCCCAGUCCUACCCCCUCCACCCCCUGCGCUUCGACUCCGUGGCCCAGAUCCUCUGUAGGGAGGGCCAGUUUGGAGGGGCGAGCUACUGGGAGGUGGAGUGGAGGGGAGGAGGGUGGGUGGACAUCGGGGUGACGUACAAAGGGAUCGGACGUAAAGGAGGCGGAAAACCCUGCCUGCUGGGACGGAACGAGAACUCAUGGCGUCUAAGAUGCACGCACGCCGGGUACGCAGCGUGGCACAAUAACCGGAAGACGACCUUAGCUGCACCCCUGUGCCCGCGGAUCGGCGUGUUUUUGGAACACCAGAAGGGAGCGUUGUCAUUCUAUAGUGUGGCAUCGGACGCCGUUUCCCUGCUCCACACGUUCAGGUGUUUGUUCUCUCAGCCACUGUACCCAGCGUUUCGGUUAGACCUGGACUCCACACUGUUGAUAUGUCCACAUGAGAGACACAACGAGAACGGGAACUAACCUCUUCUGAUCUGUUUCUGGACCUCUUAUUUUGACCCAAUGGGAACCCUUCCUGCAUACUGCCCAACACAUACCAUGAUUACAAAUAAACACCAACGUGCUCUUCUGCCCCAGAAAGGACCCAACAUGAACCCUACUUCACUCUUUACUGCUCCCUAACCUCUCUCUUUCUGAACAUCUUCUUUUGACCCAAUGGGAACCCAUCCUAGACCCCCACUCUUUCUGGACCCUUAACCUAACUCUGCAGCCCUCUCUUGUUAUGGCCAAAACCCUGCUUUAGCUUUGCCAAGUACCUCAACGGAGUUGAGCGCAGACCAGAGUUUUUUAAUUGAACCUCCGACGAACUACAACCAACAACUGAUUGAUUACUCAGCUGUUGCUCUACAUUUUAGUCAUUUAGCAGACAGGAGAAAUUAGGGUUAAGUGCCUUACUCAAUGGCACAUCGACAGAUUUUUCACUCAGGGAUUUGAACCAGCGACCUUUCAGUUACUGGUCCAAUGCUCUUAACCGCGAGGCUACCUGCCUCCCUAAGCUGUUAACUCAAGAUGGCAUCUCAGCGUAGGUACACGGUAAGGGUUUAAUCAUUUACAUUGACAUCAAUCAAUCAUUUUGAAGUAUCGACGCAUAGAGACUUGAAGGAGUCGGAGGUUUGUUUAAAAAACUUGAGUCUGCGCUUAACUCCAUGGAGGAGUUGUGUUACUUGGAUAGCCUUACCUAGGCCUAUCUCAAGUCACCCAACUAGUGAUGCUGAAAAGACAAUGUUGUUGUGUAAGGAGAGUCUGAACUGAGCAUUUAUAUUGUAUGCAUGGCCUCUCUAUUCAAAUAUCAUUCACAAUGUGACCCAUUUGUAAAUAAGGACUUCACUUCAGCAGCCAUCAAGCAAUCUUGAUCAAUCCCCCUAUUCUAUUGAUCACUGUGACUGUUUCUUAACAAUAACAUACAGUGAAAAAGAAACUCACGUCAUCACAACUAAAUGCAAUGUAGCCGAAUGUCAAAUGUAGCUAUUGCAAAAUACUGUUAGUUGGAAAGGUUUAGAAUGUCAUUAUGUCAUCAUGAAGGGACAUUGAAGGAAAUAUGUAUUUGCUAUAAAGUGCAUUAUUCCAUGAGUCAUAGUCAGACUAAUAGUGCGCUAGGCUAUGCUGGGUAGCCUAUGGUUUCUAUAGCCCCAUCUCUCUCUCUACCUCCCCAUUCCUUCAAUCAUUUAUUUCUCUGUGACUAUUACAAUGUAUGCGUAGCCUUUGUAUUUAUGUGGGCUGUGUAAGUGUUACUGUCUUCAAUAAACCAAUCAUACAUUUUC